AUGGCGUCCGCCGCCCGCAAGCGCGCCCGCACCGCCGGCGCGGACGGCGAAUUGGACGGCGGGGCUGUGGCGGUCGCGGAUGGCUUCGAGGCGCCCCUCUUUGGCGUGCGCGUCGUCGGCCAGGUCACCACGCUGCCGCUCGAGGGCGAGGACGGCCCCCUGGCAUUGGACGACGUGACUGGCGUUGUGAGCGUCGCGCGGGCGCCUGCCGGCCUCCGCGGCAUCGCCAUUAGCCCAGACGGCAGCGCGCUGUUUGCGGCGGACUUUGGCGGCCGCAAGAUCCUACAGGUGGAGGUGGCGACUGGCACGGUGACCACCCUUGCGGGCAGCGGCACUCCCGGCAGCGCGGACGGCGUGGGCGGCGCGGCGCAGUUCUUCUGCCCACACGGCGUCGUCAUCAGCCCUGACGGCAGCGCUCUGUUUGUGACAGACUGGGGCGGCGACAAGAUCCGGCGCGUGGAGGUGGCGACGGGCGCGUUCAAACACCCAUGCGGCGUCGCCAUCAGCCCGGACAGCAGCGCUCUGUUUGUGGUGGACCGCUUCAACCACAAGAUCCGCCGGGUGGAGGUGCUGGCGACUGGCGCGGUGAUCACGGUGGCGGGCAGCGGCACCUAUGGCUUCUCUGAUGGCAUGGGCGGCGCGGCGCAGUUCUACUACCCAUGCGGCGUCGCCAUCAGCCCCGACGGCAGCGCGCUGUUCGUUGCGGACGACGACAACCACAAGAUCCGACGGGUCGAGGUGGCGACGGGCGCGGUGACGACUGUCGCGGGCAGCAGCACCGAGGGCAGUGCCGAUGGCGUGGGCGCUGUGGCGCAGUUCCACAACCCACUCGGCGUCGCCAUCAGCACCGACGGCAGCGCUCUUCUGGUUUGCAGCGCGGAUGACGGUGGCCUCCGCCAGGUCUGCGUGUUGGCGCCUCCUCCGCCUCCCACCUUCGCGCCGAUCGUGGUGCCGCCCUCGACCCUCGCGGCAGACCUCGGACAGAUGAGCGGCGACGCCUCCCUCCCAGAAGGCAAGGUCACCUUCAUCGUCGGCGAUGACGAGGAGCGCGUCGAGCACGUGAGCAAGAACCUGCUCUGCAUUCGGUCCGUGUUCUUUCGGACCAUGUUCGGCAUCGGCAUGAAGGAGCGCGACGCCGCGUCACGGGCGCAGCGCGCGCUCGACCUGCGGCAGCUGGCUGACUCAGGCUUCGACAGGCUGACUCAGGUAACCUGCGCGCACGGGGAAGCUUCGCGGGUUCAAGUCGUCAAACAUUAA